AUGUUAAAUGAUUGUGCUGAGUGGUUGAACAAGAAAUUCUCUAGUUUUGAAUCUCCUAGGAAAAAGGUCCCAUUACUUAGAGGGAGGGUAUACAUAUUUAACCUUUUAGUGAUUUUAUACGGAUAUUUUAAAGUAUAUGGGAAAAAUACCCAUACUUGGUUUAAACUCGGAAUGUUCAUAUCCCUUUUCUCCUCACUUUGCAAUACUUUGAUAACAGCAUUUUAUCAUAAUAGGGAUUUGAACCUCGAGCAAAGAAGCGUAUUCAAGAGAGUUGAUUAUGCAGUCAUUUACUUGUUCAUUCUAACAUGCUACUUCCCGGUGUAUUUACAUACUAUAAAGAACAAUUUCGCGGUUAUUUAUACCUUGGGAAUUUGGGGAAUCGGCCUUUGCUUGGUCUUUCAAUGUCUCAUAUACGAUUUUUGCGGGAUGCCAAAGUGGAUCAGAGUUAUAUCAUUCACUACCUUUGGCUUUGCAAACCAUUACCUAACUGUAGCUUUAUAUAAAUCGAGGGAAUUAUUAAUUUUAUGGGAUGUUUUAUUUUCAGCCUCCCUUUACUUACUAGGCGGUAUAUGCUACGGGUCAAAGUUCCCAAAUCUCAUCCCAAAAAUCUUCGAACAUCAUGAAUUCAUGCACUUACUGAUGAUUAUAGCAAAUUACUUUUCAAUGCGUGGCAAUUUAAGAGUCAUGUAA